AUGGCCAAUGCAUGUUUAGUUUGCUUGAGGUCACCAAAAUCGAAUCCUGAUCUUUCAUUUCAUAAGUAAGUAAAAUCUUUAAAUUGUAUAUAUUUCUUUUAAUUCAAAUUUUUAGCUCAUUUACAAUAGUAAUAUACAAUAUAUAGUAGAAAUCGUCUAUAAUAAAUUAUUACUAGGUCCAAAUAAUUUUUAUAUUUUACAUUUAUUUUGAAUAGUUACUAAUAUAGUGAACACACCUGUAUUAUAAUAAAUAUAAUGUGGUUACCUAUAUACGUAUACCAGAAUUGCUAUUUAAUCACUAAAGUUACUUUUUAUUUACUAUCUAUUGUUUAUUAAUUAUUAUAGGGAUACCACAUUUUUGACCACUACUGUAGAAUAAACUGAUAAAAUUAUCAAAAUAUCAUCAUAUUAACUUCAUGUUUAAUUUUGAUAUAUUUUUGUUAAAUAUUAAUUGUUUAGUAAUUUUCAUUAACUGCACUAACCAGAGUUAAUAUCAGAUUCAGUAGAGUGUACAAAUUGGAAAAUUAUUUGUUUAGAACUGUAUUUAAAGAAAAAUAUUUCUUUGGAAAGUAAUAUACAUUUGUUUAAAUGAAUAAAGUUAAAUAAAAUACAGUUGAAUUGUUAAAAACUAAUAAAUUGUCAUCAAUUUAUAAAAAAUGUUAUUACUUUCAGUAAUAAGGAGGGGAUUCUAUACCUAGGAGGGAAUUUGAUUUCUACUGUAUUUUAGAUUCUGAGCGGAGUGAGGAAUGCAUUAGUCAAGGGUUAUUCACAAGCAAAAAUUAAGUACAUUUAACUUCCAAGAUAUCUUACUGACUUCUUAAACUUUCACCUAAUUUCCAAAUAUUCCAACUAAUUUUUCAGACUUCCAACUUCAGACUAACUUCCAAAACUUCCAUAUAUUUGUGGGUGUGAAUAACCCCCGUUAUUGGUUUUAUAAUGAUGUUUAUUAUUUAUUUUUUUAGGAGUUUUCAUUAUAAAUGGGAACAUUUACGAAAUGUAUUAUUUUAAAAGCUUAAUAUUAUGUUUUUUUAAAAUAUGUAUAACCUAACUCCACUCAAAAUCAUUUUUUUUUCAUUAGUAAUGGUUAAUCUUUGCAUAUAGAUGUACAUUAAAUUUCCCUUCCACCUUCCUAAUUUCUCACCUACAACAGUGGCCAACUAACUGUGCGAAAUACCAUUUGUUUUUAAACUUAUUAUUAAAACAUUAUUUAUGAUUAAAAAUUGGUUUUGUUUUAUUCUAUGGCAUUACCUUAUUCUUUAUAAAAUGAACUAGUGCAUUCAAAAGUAUUUAUUUUUAUUAUACAGAUUUCCAACCAAUCCUUUAUUGCGUAAUGAUUGGCUCAAAGCUUGUGGAUUAUUAGAAAGUGACUAUGGGCCUUAUCGAAGAUUGUGUUCAAGACAUUUUGAACAUUAUUGUUUUACUGGAAAUGUAAAGCGAUAUUUAAAACCUAAAUCUAUACCCACGUUACAUUUAACAUGUAUUAAACAAUUAGCAUACAAUGUGCCAGAACUGUAAGUAUUAAUGUAACAUUGGUAGAAGAAUUAUUAUGUUCUUAAUUAUCUAUGGGUUUGGCCUAAAUCUAUUUUUAUACCCUGUACCGUGGUGAUAGCAUAUGUUGAUUGUUUAAUGAUUAAUGAAAUAAUUUCCACAAAUGUCAACUACAUUGCUGGGCUUUAAUUUUUCUAGUCAAUUUAAGGAACAUUCUGUUCCUGAUACAUGUACGUCAAAGUUUCAAAGUCCAUCAGAAUCAAAUAUUUCUUCUGACAGCACAUUACAAAAGUGAGGCCAACAAAAGUAUAAUUAUGUGUAAUUAAAAAUAAUUCAUGUUUUAUAAAUUUUAGAUCAAAAGAUUUAAUGGAGCCAGGACAAUCUCAAGUUUUUAAAUUUCCAUCAGGUUAAAACAAAUAAACUUAUUCUUUUGUCAACUUGUUUUGAUUACAGAAAAUAAUAAUUGUUUUUUUUUUUUAUUAUUCUUUUUAUCAUAUUUUAGAUGUAGCAAAUUUUCAUGCUGUAGAUGAUUUAAGAUGUGCUUUAAACUAUUGUAAAAGCUGUUAUGUAAAGUGUCACAAUAAUGAGCAAGUUUCAUUUUUUGAAUUUCCUAAAAACUCUUUUAUGUAAGAAAUAGUAAUUAUUUUAUUCAUAAAAGUGAAUGUAUAUAUGAUCAUAAUUAAAAAUGUGAAGUUCAGUUUUGCUAGAAAUAAAUUACUAGUAUUUUUGUUUUCACAGGUGCGCUAUUUGGGUUGAAAAAUGUAAUGCAAAAUAUUUGCCAACUACAGAUUUAACUGAUCUUAGCAAGAAUUAUAAGUUGUGUUCAUUACAUUUUGAGGAUAAAAUGUUUGCUAAUUUUCAAAAAAAUAGGCUUUUUGUUCAUGCCAUACCCUCAUUAUUUCAAAAUGAUUCUCUGACACUACCGAAAAAGUUAAUUAUUAUCAUUCAAAGAGACAGUGAAAAUGUUAGUUAUUAUAAUCAUUUAUUACAGCCUUAUAUUUAUUCAUUUUAAAUUCUAAUAGAAAAUGAAUAAAACAUUGAAAGAUUCAGUGCCACGUGACCAUAAUUAUUGUAAUUUAAAAAAAGAUAAACCGAAAAUCGUUAAUUUUAAUUCAUCAACUGAUAAAAGUAUCCUAUCAGAAAAAGAUAAAGAUUAUCCUGGAUUAAAGCGAAUUAGUACUAAGGUUUGUAAUUUUAUUGCCGUCCAAAAUGUAUUUUUCACAUAGGCAGUGUCUAAUGAGUUAAUCCAAUUUUUCAGUAUAAAUUCAUGUACAUUGUCUAUAUUGUUUAUUUAUUUUAUUUUUUAUAGCAGAUGAGAAAAACAUUGAAUGAUCCAGUUUUAGGUGAACAUAAUUAUUAUAAUUCAUCAACUGAAAAAAAGAAAUCCAAACAAGAUAUAGAUUAUUCUGGAGCUAAAAAACCUUAUACUAUGGUUUGUUAUUAUUGUUAAUUGUAAUAACCGUUAAGGAAAUUAUUAUUUUUAUUAAAUGUCUAUUUUUAGGUCACUGAUGAUGUUGUUGGAGUUGAAAUGGAAACUCUGGUAAUUGAACAAGAAGACUCUCUGUUUGUCAAAUUAAAAGCACAAAGAAAUUUAAUUGUUUUACCAAAAAAUUGGUUUUGUGAUGUAUCUUAUAAUAGUGUUAAAGUUCCAUUGGCUAUAACAUUCUUCACAUUAAAUAAUUCUAGUAUUUUCAGUAAAAGAUAUCUAGAAAAACAAUUGGUAUUAAACCAAGGUACUGUAUAUAAUGUAUUAAACAAUUAAAUAUAUAUACAUAUUUUAAUAUAUAUUUUCAUUAAAGCACUGGAUAUAUGAUUAUUAUUUGUUAAUAAGGAAAAUUAUUUCAGUAUCAUAGAUGUUUAUAUUUAAAAAAAUAAAUAUGAAUUUUGUUGAGGCAUGUUAUACCUAUUGAAUAAUAAAUUAUGUAUCUUAAUUUAAAAUAUAAAAAUGCAUUCAAAUUAUAACUCAUAAUGAUAUUAAAUGGUUUAUAAACUUUAUUUUAGAUUCCGAAAUAACUUUUUUUGUCAAUGGAAAAAAAGUAAUUCCAAUCGACCUUGGUUUAAAGAAUUACUGUAAACCUUUGGAUAUUUUAAGUUUGCAAAAUUUAAUUCAGAAAUUUGACAGUAUUAAUAUCUGUCAAGGGAUAUCAAAAAAAGGUCUAAAUAAUAUUAGAUUAAAUGUAUUUGAAAAUACUUAUCGCUGGUGGCAUCCUAAAUGUACAAAUAUUUCUGCAGAUUUAGAAAGGUAUAUACUUUGAAUAUUAUGCACAAUUGUUCAUUUUGAUUGUUAGUAGUCUUAUAUUAAAGUAAUAAUUAUAAUAUGGUUAUUUUAAAAACAUUUAUUUUAUAUUUCAGUUUUCUCUGCUAUUCGUGUAAAAUACUGAACACUGUGUUGUUGAAAAUAAGCGACCAAAAGAAAUAUCAACAGCAAAAACCAUUAAAUAAUACUUUUCGCAAAAUCAUAAACCGUAAUAAAUUAAAUUUAAAUAUCAAAAAGAAUAAUUCAGUUAGAUUUAUGAAAAUGAGUCAAUUAACUUCUACAUUUAAGAAACCUUAA